GCUCUGCAAACGUUUCUGAUUUAUGCUUCCAAUAUAAAUAUGAAAUACGUGUAGAUAAAGUAUAUAUCAUAUAGAAAUAUAAACGACUGUAAAAUAUUGUAAACUGUUUCUAGCUAUCCACGCAUCAUUUCGGUACAACACCAAGAUCCACCAUGGAAUUACCAGGGCCACGUCAAUAAUUCAGACAGGUAUUGGGCUUGGGGUAAUUUACGUCACAUGACACGCUGAGCCUUUCGCGUCACGUGUCUGUAUUCAAGUUUCAGGAAACUUUUUUUCUGGGUAUGAAUCAGGAGCGGCUUGGGCCCGCCCACCCUCGACGCGAUUGGCUUUACUGGUCAUCUGUAGGAUCUUGAUUGGUUAUGAACGUCUUUCAAUCACAGUCAUAAUGCGAACGCACGCCCCCCUUCUUUAAACUCUGUUUGAGAAAUUGAUAUCCUCUCAAAAAGUAAGGACAAUAAUUAUACCUGGAAGAAAAAGUUGAAGUUUUCUAUUUUUAACGAAAAAUAUCCGGCACGUGUUGGGACCGUAAGGGGUGAGUUGAGAGAUUGGGCGCCCAAUCCCGCCAGCCCGCCCCACACAUAAUUAGCUAAUUUGUGAGGAAGUUUCAUUUCAGGGACUUUUUGUAAGCACACUGCAAUGGAGAAAUUUGUCAAGAGCAGUGCACAGGCAACUGGGGAACCAUGCAAGUCAAGUAAAGAGACGUAGAUCCAUAGUCUAUAGAUACUUAUGAAUGGUGCACACUGGGAUGGACCAGUUGCACUGUUAGUAGAAAACCUCAUAUUUCUACAGGUAUAUUUAAAUAGCUGGGAAGGGCUUAGGGAUGGAGUUCAGUGAGAGCAUCCUCUGUGCUGCUGGCGACUUAGAGUUGGACCCUGAGAUUGUGAGCGAGGAGGCUGGCAAGGUCUACUCUGAGCUACAGUCCGUGAUCGAAGCCCACGGGCCUGAGGCAGUGGAGCCACUGGUGCCCAUUCUGGUGUGGGUCCUGGAGGGACUGGCGAGCUGCCGGGUCCAGCUGAAGGAAAGUGAGGAAGAAGCUGAGAGGGAGAAGGGGGAGCGGAAGGAGCUGUUGGAGAGGUUUCAGAGUGAGAGAGCCCUGCGCAAGGAGAGCCAGGAGCGGUACCUGGAGCUGGAUGACCAGUUCGAGCAGGAGCGAAGGGCGAUGCGGGGCAGAGAGAAGGAGCGAGAGCAGAGGGAGCGAGAGCUGGAGAGAAAAGCGCGAGAGCAGGCCGACCAGCUGGUGGCCCUGGAGGAGCAGAAAUCCAUCCUCGCUCGAGACCUGAGCACUUUGAAACACACGCACAAUAAGCUGCUGCACAGUUACCGGGACCUUCUGGAGCGGAGGAGGGACUCGGAGAGGGGAGACGGCUCUCUGUCUCCCAGAAGUCCCCUUGGGCAUUCGAAACCUUCCGAAGCUUCAGUCUUGCAGAUGAAAUCAAGAGUAGAAACUCCCCCAGAUCGCCGCCCUUUGGAGGCCCUCAAUCCCGAGGACAGGCGAGCAGGCGAGGAUGGAGAGGCAGGUGCUGCGUCCUUCUUAGAAGCCAUCAUCAACUCCACGCCUGAGCUGGCGGAGGUGGAUCGCCUAGCUGAAGCCAGCGGAGCUGAACCUGGGAACGUGAGCGACCUCAGGAUGGAACAUGAGGCCAGCGGGCAGGCAAAUGGAGAUGUGGGGAGGAACGACGGAGAGGAGGAGGAGGAGGAUGACGAUGACGGAGAGAGCCUGGAAUGGGAGCUAAGGAACACUGACUCUGUCUUCUCUGAGCUGUCCGAGCUGAGUCAAGAUUAUGUGGAGAGCGUGGACCGGGGGGCCAGUGUCCGAGGCAGUGCAGACCAGCAAGAGGGCAUCCUGUCCCAAUAUGAGGAACUGAAACGCACCAACGAACUGAUCGAUGGUGCCCGUAGAGCGCUGAUCAGCCGCGUGGAGGAACUGACCAGUGAGAGGGCUUCCCUGAGCUGCGAGCUGGCAUCGUACCGUGAAGCUGUCAUGCGUUUGGAGGGGAAGGUCAAGGAGCUGGAGGAAGACGUCAAGCGACUUCACAAAGAACUGGAACAAAAUCCUGGAGAAGAUUCAGAGUCGUCCCUGCCCGGCACCGGACGGCGGUUUUCCCGCUCAGAAAUGGCACGGGUGGUGAUGGAGAAGAACCAGUAUAAGGAGCGCCUGUUUGAGCUGCAGGAGUCCAUACGAAGGUCCCAGGCUCACAGGCCCUCGAAGGAGGACAGGAGUGUUGAGGAGAGGAGGACAGGCGUGUGGAGGAGGUUUAACCGCUUGUUUGGUCUGACCAAGGACCCCUUCCCGCCACCCCCUGGCCUGCUGGGUGGCCCCCCCUCAGCGAUGGCAGAGCAGAGGCUCUCCCCCUUGCAGAGCCACCGGCAGCAGUUGGCCGUGACCCAGACUCAGACUGACAGUGCCCCGGACUCCACCCUGUCCCCGCGGGUCAGGAGAAAGGAGUUGUACCGAGACAUCCGGUCGCACGUGUGGAGCACUCUGGGUAAACGACAGAUUCACGGCUGGAGCAUGCCUAUCCCGCAGCCGAGCUCGCAGGUUGGCAAUGGUGCUCCACCAUCCGAGCCCAAGGAUGUUCCCAUUCUAGUGCAGCUGCGACUGUUAGACCAGAGAGACGCCAGUGCCAAGCUGACGUGUGCAGCAGCCGUCACGCCCGAGAUAUCGGGCGACCCCAUGUGUUCAGUGUGGGUCAUGUCUGGCCCCGCCUCCAGCAGUGAUGUCACAGUGAUCGACCCCACACGCUCCAACACUGUCCUGGAUCAGUUCAGCCUCCCGCCCACCUCCCCUGCACUCUGUCUCUGUGCUGUGCCCCCUGCUGAAGGGGACUCCUCAGGAACGGUGUGGAUAGGCACUCAGGAUGGAAGCAUUUUAGUUCACUCAGCAUCCACAGCUAGGAGGAGCUGUCUGCAGUCAGUCUCUCUUUCUGAAGGAGUGCACUCUCUAACGUAUUUUCAGGGUCAUGUGAUUGCUGGAUUAGCCAAUGGGUCGCUUUGUUUCUUCAGCCGCAAUUCUGGUGACUGGGAUCUUCAGUCUCGGGAAAUGUUGGUCUUGGGAUCAUCUCCAGUGCAGCCCCUCCGUUGUGUCCUGGGUCGAGGGGAUCGGUUAUGGGUGGGAUACUGGAACCAGAUCCACGUUGUUGCUAUAGAGGGCCGUAAAGUGGAGCACACGUUCAGCGUGUCGGAGCACCACGAGCAGCAGGUGCGCUUCCUGUGCUCAGCGGCGUGCGGGGUGUGGGCCGCCUGUCGGCUGGACUCCACCCUCCGGCUCUUUGACUGGGCAAGCUGUCGGCCCCUGCAAGAAGUGGACUUGGCCCAAUUAGUCACAAAAACACUAGGCCCAGCCUUCCUUUCACUCUCCCCUUUACAGAUCUCAUCUCUGUCCGUCAUCUGUGGCCGGUUAUGGGUGGGAACUGGCAGUGGUGCCAUUUUCUCCAUCCCAAUGCUGCUCAGUUCUGAGGCCUCUAUCCCAUAUUGCACUUUGGCUGGAGCUCAGCUGUGUUACCAUGGACACCGUCAGGCUGUUAAAUUCAUCAUCUCUACCCCAGGCUGCUUAAACCUGCCCUCCACUGGCGGAUCCUCCAUUUCCACCUCCCGGCUUAUUCUCAGUGGAGGCGAGGGGUACAUCAAUUUCCGCAUAGGGGAUGAUGGGAGCGAUAGCUUGCCUGAAGCUGUCCCUCAACGUUCUGAGCGCAGUCACAUGAUCAUCUGGCAGAGCUCCUCCCCCUUGCUUCCAAGCCCCGCUCUCUAAUGGUUGCUGUUGUUAAUCCCUCACAAUAGCUCUGCUGUAGGUGUGCCUACCUGAAGUCUGAGCACUGGUGUGCAAUACUUCAUGAAUGUCCAUUUUGGAUUAUUGUCAUGCAGAGUAAUACAUGAUCUACAAGUGACAUUUGUCUCUGGCUCUUAUACAAUUUUUACCUCAUGUCACAUGGUGAAAGUUUUUUUUUUUUUUGGCAAGAGCACAGAUCACUUGUCAUAAUUACCUGCUUUUACAUGAACAAUGUAACCAUAGAAAGAUCAAUGGUUUUACUGAGAAUCAGCAAUAGGCUUGGGCGGUGUAUAUUUUUUUUCAUACCAUCAUACAUUCUAGACAUUGUACCCUGGUAUAUGGUAUAUAACUAAAAAAAAUAAUAAUCUGUAAACUCUGGAAUCAGCGAGAGCCUAGCUGGGCUCAUCAGUGUGGGGGCUGAACGUUAGGGAAACAUGAAGACAACACCACUUUGUUGUCGGAGUUAACCAGAAUUUGGGCAAGAUUUGCUUCAAAUUAUAUCCAAUAUUAGUCCUGCGUAAAAAUUGUCGGCACAAGCAAAUUUUCGUUCCUACUUCCAAAUAAUUGCUGUUGAACUUGUGCAGGGAACGUAGCCAUUUCAGUGUAGAUUUCUAUUUUUCAUAUGUAAAAAAAGUUGCAACUUCUGUGUUUCAGGUAACUUCACGUGCACAAUGUUCACAAAUACUCUCCAUACAAUGAAAAUUAAACCAACGGAAUGGCCACCACUAUUUUUUUUUUUUUUUUAAAUAUUAAUCCUGUGUUACCCCUCGCAGUCGCCGUCUUUCUGAGCAGUAGUCUAACCUCUGGUGGCGUGUGCUGUGCACUACAAUAUGUCACCUCGAUACCACAGGUCCGUAUCACAUUUGAAAGAGGAGCGCCUGUAUAAAAAAAACAAUACCCCAGCAUUUAAAUCGCGAAGGUAUGCCGUAAUACCGCCCAAGUCUAUUCGGCCUGCCGUUUUCAACUGUGAACCGUUUGACUCCUUGUACAUGCUGAACAAAGCUUUUUCGUUUUGGUGUGUCCUGGCACUCUGGUGGUUUGCAUUGUUAACAUCGUUGCUUUAUAGGAAGUGCCUCUUCAUGAAUGUUCUGUCUUGUUUACUGAUGUAUUUUAUUACUUUUAUUUUAAGUUAAUUAUUUAAGUUCUUGGUAGCAGGUGUGGGAACAAAGAUGUUUUAUGUAAAUGAGUAAUGGUUUGACUUCAGUGUUACAGCUGGACCCUUUCUUCUGCAGUGAGCUGUUGUGUCUAAUUGUAAUAUCCUAUCAGUCAUGAAACAAAACAGCUAUUGUAAAUACAGUAUUCUUUCAGAA